GAGAGGAAGGCAUCAAAACGGUGCGGAUUUAAAAAGGGAAAGCUUAUUCACUUGGUUCAAUGGUGAGUGUGUGAGAUCUCUCUUUGCUUCAUUCUUCAUUUCAUCUUCCAACAGCGUUUCUCUUUUGACUACACCAUCUUUUUUCUUUUCUACUCAGAAACAAUGUAUAAUAAUGUUGGGAUGCCACCGGGAGUUCCUCAACAUGUUCCUCAACCUCCAACAAGCUCGCAACCUAAUCUGUUUGGGAAUGCAUUUAAUGCUGCCGGUUCAGGACUCAUUCGAGGUGGCUUGGGCGCGUAUGGAGAAAAAAUAUUAGGAUCAAGCUCUGAGUACGUCCAAAGCAAUAUAAGCCGGUAUUUCUCUGAUCCCCAAUACUACUUCCAAGUGAAUGACCACUAUGUUAAGAACAAAUUAAAGGUGGUUUUGUUCCCAUUCCUGCACCGGGGUCAUUGGACAAGAAUUACUGAACCAGUGGGAGGUAGGCUCUCUUAUAAACCACCAAUUUAUGAUAUAAAUGCACCUGACCUGUAUAUUCCAUUAAUGGCAUUUGGUACCUAUGUUGUUCUUGCUGGCAUCUCAUUGGGCCUUCGGGGAAAAUUUAGUCCUGAAGCUUUGAAUUGGUUAUUCAUCAAAGGAUUAGUUGGUUGGUUUAUGCAAACAGCACUGCUUAAAGUUACUUUGCUUUCAUUGGGCACCGGGGAGGCACCUCUAUUGGACAUUAUAUCAUACGCCGGGUACACUUUUCCAGGCAUGUGUUUGGCUGUUUCAGGAAGAAUGAUAUGGAGUUACUCCUACUACUUUAUGAUGCCAUGGACCUGCUUAUGUAUGGGAGUAUUCUUGGUGAAAACAAUGAAGAGAGUUCUUUUUGCAGAAGUGAGGAGUUAUGACUCAAGCAAACACCACUAUCUCUUGCUCUUCAUUGCUUUGGCUCAGUUCCCAUUGUUCACAUGGCUUGGAAACAUUACUGUCAAUUGGCUAAUAUAGAGUGACAGCAUUCUUAGUGACAUUUUUUGGUUAACUUUGGAGAAUAGUUAAACAUAGGUUUUUUUCUCUCUCCCUUGCUUUUAUAUGUUGAAUAUCAGAGAUGCAUAAUUAUAGGCCUUCUCCUUCUCCACACGUCAUGAUUUUAUCUUUUAGUACUGUAUUUUCUACCCCGGCACACCAUAAAGUUGGAUUUUUGUAGCUGUAUACUGGAGUCACUUUCAUAAUGGUUCUCUCAGGCUAAUAUCAUGCGUUGUCCUGUUUGGCCUGUAGCAUUUGUAUCUGUACUCUAUCCACCAUUAUACAGAAAAAUGUUUGUUG